UUGUUUGCCAAUUUCCAAAAACAUCGAAGAAGAAUUGUGCAUGGCCUAAGCUAGAAAACUGCUGCAUUGUCCCAUUCCUGCUAAUAUUUCAGCAACCAUGUCUUCAGCUCAGCAUCUCAGAGAUUUUAUCAGAGAGAGACUAACUGCUGCUGCUCAAGAAAUCUUCACCGAGGUUGAAAAAACCAUCAUUUGCUACGAGGAAGAGCUCGAUGCUCAGCGCAGGAUGAUGGGGAUCAACUGGAAACCAGAAAUUAAGCUACACAGAGUCGGUUCGGAGCUGCAGAGACAAAGUUCUGACCUCCAACAGCCAAGUGUCUCCAAUGAGGAAGAAGCUUCUGCCAUCCAACAAGUCUGUAGCCUGGCAAGUAGGUCCAGUCAGGACCAGAAAGAAGCAGAACAUCAGUGGACUGAAGAGGUACAGAUGGAACCAGAACCAAAAUGGAUUAAAGAAGAAGAGAACGAACCAGAACCUGCACUGCUCAAACAUGAGGAAUUGGAUUAUCCACUAACAAAUGUAAAAAAAGAGGAGUUAGAUUGUUCAGUGCUUCAACAUGAACAGCAGCCACCAGAACAUUUACCAACUGGACAGGACCAGAAGAACCUCUGCAGCAGUCAGGAGGGAGAGCAGCUUGUCCAGAAGCAGUUUGCUGCUUUGAUUGAGACUUCUACUCUUCAGGAAGAUGAUAUGAAUGAAGAAGAGAGAAGAACAGAGCAGUUUUCCCUUCAUAUCUCUCCAGUGGUUGAGAGCAAAGAUCAGGAAGGAAGCAGCUCCUCUCUGUCAGAGAGUCAGUCUGGUACCAGUACAAAGAAAAGAUCUUUCAAAUGUGACAUUUGUGGGAGAUGUUACCCACAACAGAGUAAUUUUUUAAACCAUUACAGAACCCACACUGGUGAGAGACCUUUUUCAUGCCAAUCAUGUGGCAAAGGUUUUUCUCAUAUUAGUAAUUUUUAUCGUCACAAGAAAAUUCAUACAGGUGAGAGACCUUUUUCAUGCCAGUGUUGUGGAAAAAGUUUCUCUCGAAUUAGUCAUUUAAAUGCCCACAAGAGAAGUCAUACCGGCGAGAGACCUUUUUCAUGCCAAUCAUGUGGAAAGAGUUUCUCUCAACGUAGUGAUUUAAAUCGUCACAAGAAAAUUCAUACUGGGGAGAGACCUUUUUCAUGCCAGUCUUGUGGAAAACGUUUCAUUCGUAUUAGUCAUUUAAAUCGUCACAAGAAAAUUCAUACAGGUGAGAGGCCAUUUUCAUGCCAGUCUUGUGGAAGAUGUUUUACUCGAAGUAGUACUUUAAAUGACCACAAGAAAAUUCAUACUGGGGAGAAACCUUUUCAUGUCAGUCAUGCGGAAAGAAUUUCACUCGUCUUAGAAACUUAAAUCAUCACAAGAUAAGUCAUACAGGUGAGAAGGGUUUUCAUGAUAAACAAUAUAUCAAUCAGCAGUUAAUAAAUAUGAGCUUAAUAAUAAAAUGAUGGCUAUAAUAUUACUUCUUUGUUUUUAUCGUCUCUCCUUCUACAAAGAAACUGGAUGACAAAGAAUUAGUCUCCCGUGCCUCCUGCUAUUCCCUCGCCUCUCAUUUUAUUGGUAGCGGCUAAACACACAGGGAGCUAAAAGUGUAAAUUUUCUUCCACUCCGGCUGAUCUGAACAUCUGGCACACGAUAGCGAUGAUAGCAACAAAAGAUGAAAGGUUUCCAACUUUCUUGCAUAGCGUCUAUAGGUGUAUGAGCUAGAAAUGUAACAUGCAUGAAUUGUGUCUUUUGCUCGGCUGGAUGAGAGCUAGCGACUCUCUUCUCACUACGCAAUCUCCAUAAGAGGGAGAAGCGCCGUCUCCUGUCAUCGUGUGACCAUUACUUCAGUUACCUGCUGGGCUCCUUGUCUCCUACCACACAGUGUAGCAUAAAGCCUGGUGAGGAGGAGCAAGAGGUCUGGGAGCCUCUUGGAUUCAAACUACAGUCUAUCCAUGUUUCUUAUAGACAAAGUUACUGAUAAAGAGAAACCCUUUCAUUUGUCCUUUUCUUUUUUCUCUUCUUUGAAAACCUGGAUGUUAUUUUCUUGACUGCAUUGUUCCAGUCAGUCGUUGUAGUCUUUGGCUGCUGCUGAACACUGUUGCCUACAAGUUCACUAAGCAGGAGCAAACCAUUUAAUACAGAUCCACAGGGCUGUUGAGUAAAUAUGGAUCUUUGCUUUUUGAUCUGGGAAUGGUAACUUUUAAUUUUUACUGCUAAAAACAAGUAAAACAACAAAUUAUAUUAUAGACAGAGGCAGUAAUAUUUGUUCUAUUUAUAUAAAAAUGAACCCCUGU